CGUUCGGGGUUCGCACCGGGGAAGUAGCUGUUCGGCCUUCUCUCCGCUGUUUGGUCCUGUUCUGUCCUUCUUGAGCCGGGAGCGGCGAGCUUCAUUCUCGCUUGCAUACCGACGGUAGUUCGUCAAGUUCCGUUGCUUUGCGCUCGCUUCCAUUCAUCGCGGCCGUCAUUCACUUGGUCGCCUAUCGUCGAGGCGGACGUCUGCGAGAGAUUUAGAGGUUUAGCACGCGACUCAGGAAGUAGAUUUGGUCCUAUUGUUUCAAAACCUAAUUGAAGCGCGGCUCGUUCGAUUGCGAAUCAGAUGUCAGAGACGAGAAGCAAAUCGUGAGCGGUUUCGGGUUUAUUGAAUGAAACGUAACGAGUGCGUCGAUUCAUGAAAAGGAUCUAACGGUAAAUUACAGUUUCCUGCGAGCCGAACAGCUGGUGGUGUGAGUGAGUGUGCGUGACUAGUUAGGGAAGUGCUAUUGUUUCACUGCAGUGACGACCAGUACGACGACGUCGAACUAAAUGCGGUGGGAUUAGUUGCGACUAAUGAGACAAAGUGGAGUGCUCUAAGGCGGAUUACGUACCGGAAGUGGAAUAAGAGAGUCCUAUAAGUGGAUUACACCGGGAGAGAGAGAGCAACCGUUGAAGGUACUAAUUGCGGUGUUUUGUGAUUAGUAGUGAAGGAGCUUUUGGCCGCAAACGAUAGUGUGGAGGUGCUGUUGUGGGAUAUUGUUGGGAUUUGCGAUAGCAAACGUGGGCGCUAGGAGCGGGUUCCCUCGAAUGAUCCCGGCAGCCGGAACCACAAAAUGACAAUGUCGCAACUUUUGAAGCAGACGAAGAAGUGUUGCGUGAAGAUAAUCAGAAAAUUCUCCUUCCACCCGAAUGGUUCGCCAUCGCCGACGUCCGGCGGCAGCAGCAGUGGCACCGGAGGAGGAACGGGUGUCGGCGGCGCCACCGCCAUGACGGGUCGAUCCAUUUCCCUGAACAACCGGGCCACGGCCAAGUACGUACUGCACAAAAACUGCACGCCCACGCGGUGCAAAGUGCAACCGACCACGCCGGAGCGAUUGGCGCGACCAGCAGUUGUCCCCGUCCCCAUCGCCGAAAGAAUCGCCAGCCGUGCGCCGCAGAUUGGACUUUGAUCCCAAACCGGAACCGGACAUUCCGCCACACAGACAACUAUCGUGUGAGCCGCGACGGGAAGAACCUGCAGAUGCAGAAGAAGCGCACCAACAUCAGCAACAACAAGAACGUGAACCUGCGGAAGUGCUUCCGGAUGCGGAAGGGCUUCAAAGAGGAGCUCGUGGACUCGAGCGAGGAGGUGAACAACAGCAGCAGCGUGGUGGCGGCCAAGUUGGAUAAGAUUAGCAAGACGUUGUACCACGUGGCCGGCGGCGGAGACCGGAAGGAUGGCGAGGGAGUGUACGGAGAGCAAGAUUCAUGUGAAUAAUUUGACUUCGCAGCGAGCGAGAAGAGCAAAAUUAGUAAACCAUUGUUUCUCAGUGGAAACACAAAAAGUACAAUCAGAUUGAGACGCAAUUCGGAAUGGAAGAUGAGGUGGAUUUCGAUGAUAACACCGAUGAAGAUGAGAUGGUCGCAUGUGAUGUGGAUGCAAUCCGAGGGGGAAGUUCGUAUGAUGGUGGACGAUUACAGUUUGAACUGUGUCAACCGCUUCCAGAGAUUGCGGAACGGUCCCCACCGUUUAGCAGACGAGCCGGCGCAAAUUGUGACCAAAUUGUGUUCGAGAAGGUGAAAUUUGACCGAACAAGCGAUACCUUCGAAAUGAAACCAGCUCUCCAUCCACGGCGAGUAAUCGAUCGCAAAACGGUUCGGCCAUAGCUCAGUCCGCCGACAGCAUCCUGUCGAUUAGCUUCGAUUGCAAACAGGACCAUCCUCUGUCCCAGUUUGCCGAAGCGACCAGCAAGAGCGAUGACUUUGUAGAUCCGUGGCGCAACUACAACGUCAACAGCCGGUGGAACAAAGUGGUCAAGAACCCUGGGAGCUAGAGGCCAGCAAAGUAGAGUCCCCAAUCGCUUCCCCGCAGCAUCGAUCUUCCUGGAAUCCGUUCGUGGACAGCUCGCCAGCAUCGGAGUCCCCGUCCACACCGCCCCGACCAGACAUAUCCACCCCCUACCAGGUGCGCACCGACAUCUGGCAGAACUUGAAAAACAAAAGCUACGAGAUCGACUCGGACGUGAUCUGGCGGACGUCGAACUCAUCGCGACGGACCUCGGCCAGCACCGUCGAGACGUGGAUCGAGGACGAAGUGUUCGACAACUCGUUCAACGAAGAGCUGGAACGGCGAUGUGCAACCUUGAAGAUCUAGAUCCGUUUGAGUUGCGAUGGCGGUGCAAUACUUGGAAGGAGAUAGCAAUACUUGUGUGUCUUUUUCGUUGGUUCGAAAAAUCACUUCAGAAGUAGAGCUUGGUUUCAAUGCGAGAGAAAACAGAAAUUUCGAAAAAAAAAACAUCUAGUUCUUAAUAUAUAAUGACAGUGAAAAUCAAGCAUGUGAUAUUAAUUAAUUUAUACAGAAGCGAAAGCAGAAAACAAACAAUUCUAAGUCUAGUUUAAAGUAAGUUUUUAGUUUCUAAUUUUAUCACGCAAGGAAUUGAUAGUGCUUUGUGUUUGCCGUUUUGCUUUUUGUGAUUUUAUUUUCUGUUGAUUAACCUAAUGAUCUCAUUUAGACAUUGUGACUGUGUGUAUUCGAUAGGAUCUAAUUUUAUACCUUAUUUAAUGAUUUGUGCUCAUGGAACCUAAUAUAAUUACUCUGAUUAAAACAACCCGUCUUCUCUCAUCAUUUCUUUACCUCAGACACGGCGUACCUUACGAAAACAAAAUAAAUCGAUAAUAAUUCCUAAAAGCACGGGUGGUCUUGGAAAAUGUGCGAGCUUCAAUGAUGGGAUAAAAAAAUCCAACAGACUAAUCAAUCAAUUUUUCUAUUCCCUUAAUUUGAUAAUGACCUCUGUGGGCGGGCGAGCUAGAGGGAAAAAUCCGCUAAUUAGCGCGCCGCCGGUAGGUGCCUCCCGUAGAAAGAAUUAUGCCGUUUGGUACGAGUUAGGGUGAUUGAACGCCUGAAACAUUGCAAAAUCAUUGGAUAAUAAAGCAAACAUGUGUAAAACUAA